GUCAUCUGUUAAGGAUUUUCUUAAAGGUAAACACUCUGGAUAUCCCACUGAUGUUGUGACCAGUCUCUAAAUUGGAUUAGAGCUAACUGGUUGAAAAACAAAUAGCAGAUCUGAAUUAACAAAGUCUCUCAGUGCACUUACACUGAAAGGAGAUACAAGACAAAUAGUGAUGCUGAACACAGAUUGGACUCGACUUUUUAACGAUAAGGUACUGGAUUUGCCUGUACAUGACAAAUGGACUAUUGAGGAAGACAAUGAACUAAUAGCAGAUGGAGCACCAAGUGGAUGGAGCUGCUACAUAACAUCUGCAUUUGGAAGAUUUCGUUGUUCGAUCUGUUCCAAAUCCUGGGCGUCAGCAAAGGUUUCAAUCCUAUUCCAUAUGCAGCGAAGUGGAUACACAGGAAGAGUGAAGGUGCGAUUCUUCAAACAGAGAUGUCGGAAGGACCAUACUGGAGCAGAAUACGAGGAGCCCACUUUCGAGACAGAUAACAUCUCCCCAGUACUUGACCGGCUGAUGAUCAGGAUUCGCAAAAAGUGUUAUAAUGAAAAUAUCAAACUUGACAAGCACGUCAGCCAUACAGACAUGAAUGGUCCACAUGAGUCAAAGCAUUGUCAAGGCUGUUUGAUGGGAAUCUGCAGCCAAGGAAUGUAACCUGGAGCCUUAUCCCAUUUAAACGCCACACAAUUAGAAUCUUGUAAAUAUGCUGGAUAAUUUGCUACAAAAUCUUUUCCAAUUCAUUUUAAAGCAUAAAGUUUGAUCUUUAACUACUUAUGAAUGCUAUACUUCAAUGAUUAUCUCUCAAAUUCCCGAUACUAUUUUAGCUUAUUUUCUUUAAAAUCCCACUUUCUUUCAGUGGCUGAUCCUAAUCUCACGCAAUCCUUUUUUUCCCCUCAGUUUCAAUUUGUGCAUAUACUUACUGUUCUGAGAAUCUGUGAAGGGUGUAUAUAUAAACGCACAUUAUUGUUUCUUUAUCCAACAUCCAUUACCUGGGCUUUAUCAACAAUAAAAUCAUUGACUUUUCUGGC